GGUGGAGCAUAUUCAGAAAGCUAGCUACUGACAGGUGUAUAAGUAGUGGUGAGGAAGGGCACAGGUGAUACACCUGUUUCAAGACAGUAGCAAGCACAGGUGCAUUUAGAAAACUUCUAACUUUGCAUGAUGAGUGCUUUUGAUCCACAGACACGUUCUCCACCACGCUGUGGGCCACAGUUUCCAAGUAUUGGACAGGAACCUCCAGAAAUGAAUAUCUACUGUGAUAGCAUCUUCCACCCUCAGACAAUGCCUAGUCCUCAGCGACCUUCAAACUUUGAAACUGGAGAUUACAGCACAACUCCAAAUCCUUACUUGUGGCUAAAUGGACCAUCCAUCACACCACCUCCAUAUUUUCCAGGAUCUAACACCAGCCACUUCAUGCCUCAGUCAUAUGGGAUGCAAAGACAGCUCUUGCCUAACAUGCAUGGCUUAGGAGGUUCUGAAUUAGGUUGGCUUCCAAUUCCUUCCCAAGAAGAACUCAUGAAAUUGGUGAGACCUCCUUACUCCUAUUCUGCACUGAUAGCCAUGGCAAUUCAUGGUGCCCCUGACAAAAGACUGACACUCAGCCAGAUCUACCAGUAUGUUGCUGAUAAUUUUCCAUUUUACAACAAAAGCAAGGCUGGGUGGCAAAAUUCAAUCCGGCAUAAUUUAUCUCUUAAUGAUUGUUUCAAAAAAGUUCCACGGGAUGAAGAUGAUCCAGGAAAAGGAAAUUACUGGACCCUAGAUCCUAAUUGUGAAAAGAUGUUUGAUAAUGGAAACUUCCGCAGAAAGAGGAAGAGAAAGUCAGACAGCAAUGGACAGUUAUCUUCUGACAAAUCUGAGGGGAGUCCACUGUCUAACAGCCCAAAGAAUGGUGAACAUCAAGACAUGCUGGAGAGCUCCUCACCAGGAGCUGAUGAUUCAUCUGAGAAAAGAUUAUCUCCACCCGCUAUAACGCCAUGCCUUAACAACUUUCUCUCUAGCAUGACUUCCUAUGUUAAUAGUGCCAACUCAGUAAGUAGGCCACUUGGACUCAAUAAUGAAACUUCUGACAAACUAGGACAGAGCAUGACUGGUUUUAACUCUUAUUCUCCACUUUCAAACUUAGCCAAUCAUGGAGGGUCAGAGUGGUCGAGUACAGCACCAUCAAAUCCCUUUGGCUAUGGCAGCGCAGUUUUAAAUCAGUUCAAUUCCCAUUUCUAUAACAGCAUCAGUACAAAUAGCACCCUCUAUUCCAGAGAAGGAACAGAAGUAUAAGCAUAAGUAUAAUUUAUAAUGUAUUGCACUGUAAUGUAGUUACAAGAAAAUGUUCAGCAACUAAACAUAACCACUGUAUCUUGUAAAAUACAUUUCUAUAAAAACAUGUAUUAUGAUAAAAAGCAAAAAGAAAAGUCACCUCACAUCAUAUGCUCUGAUUACAGUAUCUGUUGCAUUAUUUGUUUUCUAAUUUAAAUGAUAAAGGUCUUAAACCUAUCAUUCCUUUAUUGGAAUAUUGCCUUAUUAUUAUUAUUACUACUACACACUGCCUUUUAUUGCUUAGUACUUGCCUAGUGCAUAAUUUUUUGAAAUGUUAUAGUUUCAAAAAAUGCACCUGUACGUACAUAUUAUCGAGCAUAAUCAGUGCUAUCGCCAAGCAGUGCUGAAUUGUAUAUAUUUUAGCAUACACAUCAAUAUUUUAUAUAAAUGUUUACUACUGGGAAUUCUUCUGUAGGAUCGGGCUAAUUGUGAUGGGAUGCAUGUAUGACUUCCAUGCCUUUUUACAGAUGUAAAGUAUGUUUAUGAAUUACAGCUGACUUCACUGUGUGGGCAAACAUGGGUUAUUUUGUAAUAAAAAUAUAC